UAUCGUUACACACGCACACACACAGGUUAUUACAGCCUGGUGUUGAAAUUCGAAAAAACGUUACAGUUUGUGCAAGGCAUAAUUCGUAGUUAGUAUAUUACAGGUACGGGAAAGAUUGCAAAGGAAACUUGACUAAAUUUCUUAACCAACUGUUGAGCUUUUACUAAAUAUAAAAUAUGUGGGCUCAGAAAAUAAACGAUCAUAUCACUGCAGUGGUGCUGAAGAAAGGAGUUAUUACCCGAAGUCAGAAUGCUGCAAAUGCAGGUAAAAAUGAAAAAAGGAGGGAGCUAUUAAAGAGAAAAGCCGAAGGUUCUCCACCUAAAGAUAAGAAUCUUAAACGACCCGCAUUCGGAGAUAUUACAAAUGCACAUGGAAAUAAUGUAUCACAAGAUGCUAAGAAGUUGCGAAAGGAAGUUACUACAUCAAAGGCAGUUCCUAAAGGCAAAGAUAACGUAGCUGUAACAACUAAAAGCACUGUUUUUCAACCCAUACUCAAAACACUUACAACUAUUAAGAAAAUGCCUGUUUCAACAAAACCCAAAGUAAUAACAAUACAGAAGAGUGAAGGAAUUGAUACAAAGUUGAGCACAUAUCCAGUGCUAGCAGGAGACAUUAAGGAGGACAUUAAUGCAGUUUCUGAAACACAGCAGUACAGCUUAUCACGCAACGAUAUCAGCGGUGAUGGUUCAUUGUAUAUAUCAGCCUUAGAAGACAUUCCCAGUGAUGGCUUAUGCAGUGAAGGUGAACCACAAGUGCUUGCAGUGACAGUGCCAGAACCAGAACCAGAAGCUUCUAAACCCAAGGGUAGUCCUGUUUCUGAACUGCCAAAGGAUGUUGUUGACUUUGAUAAGGAAACCUUAAGGGACCCCUUUCAAGUGUCUCUGUAUGCCAUGGAUAUCUUCAGCUACCUCAAGGAGAGAGAAGUGCUGUAUAAGAUUGACAAUUAUAUGGAAAGACAACAAUCAAUUACACAGUGGAUGCGAUCACUGUUGGUCGAUUGGAUGGUGGAGGUUCAGGAAAACUUUGAACUUAACCAUGAAACACUAUACUUAGCAGUCAGAUUAGUUGACCUGUACUUGACAAAAAUUGUAGUUAACAAAGAGACACUUCAACUGCUUGGAGCUGCAGCUGUAUUUAUUGCUAGCAAGUUUGAUGAACGCAGCCCUCCGCUUGUGGAAGACUUCCUCUAUAUAUGUGAUGGUGCAUAUAACCGCAGUGAACUAAUAAAGAUGGAAAUUGAUGUUCUAAAAGCUGUUGAUUUUAAUCUUGGGAUUCCUCUGUCUUACAGGUUUCUACGCCGAUAUGCCAGGGGUGCUAAAAUUUCUUUGCCAACACUGACACUGGCACGAUAUAUUCUAGAGUUAUCACUUAUGGAAUAUAGUUUUGUGUCAGAGUCAAGCUCCAAGCUGGCAGCUGCAACAUUAUUGUUAGCACUGAAGACCAAACUUCUGGGUGGCUGGACACCAGCACUGCAGUAUUAUUCAGGUUAUAAGUUAGAAGAUAUUAAGGACCUUGCGCACCAGCUGAAUGCAAUGCUUCAGAAAAAGCCAAAGGCACCUCUGGAAACUGUUAGAAAUAAAUAUUCCCACAAGAUAUUCUUUGAAGUUGCCAAGAUUCCUCUUCUGGAUAAGUUGGACAUCUAAAAUUCAUAGUUUUCUCUGAGAAAUUGACCAGCCUCAGGGUAUGAAGAGUAAAUGUGUAAAGAUGUGCCAAUACUGUAUUAGUGCAAUUUGGUAAAAAUGACACAUCUUAUUCCAAUUGUAUUGACCUAUGAGGUGGAGAACAAUCUACAAUACUUAAGUGUGAAUCAUACACUUGUUUAGAUCUACAUGUUUUAUUGCCUUCGUGUAUAUACAGUUUUAUAGGGAGACAACUCAUUCAUCAUGAAAAUAAGUUUAAGAACUAUUUUUCAGCACAGUUAAUGGACAGAAAUGAGCAGCCAGCUGUAUACAAGUCUGUCUGUUUAAUACUGACAAUUUAUUUUGGCAAUUAUUUUAAAACUUAAUUUUUUUCCAUCCAUCUUUUGUGUGCGUAAUAUUAAAUGGGUGUUUUGUACGCUGGGCCACGUUUUAAAAAGUUUUAGAAUGAAAAUAGGAUUUUAUUAGGACUUGUAUUUAUUUCUUUUUGUGCAGGCAUAAUUUUGCAAUUUGGAAAUUUACUGCUGGGUAUUCCCUUGCUUCAGAAUGAAAAUCUUUGUACAUUAUAAACAGGAGGGUGAUUUUUAAACUAUCUUUGUUAUAGUUUUAAUAACACUUGCAUCAUGAAUGUUGAAUUCAGUCAAAAUUAUGUGGAACCUUGUCUUAGAAAAUGCUCCUUUAGGUAAGUUCUUAAAAGCUGCUAGAGUAUGCUAUUGUGUGCAAAAUAUAAAAUGUGUGAGCAAUAAAUUGAUAAGAGCAUGUUACGAUUAUAAAGUAUUUACAUAGGUAUUUUAAAAAAUAUAUGUACAUAGUAAUUUCUUCGAAGUCUUUACAGCAUUCUGUAUAUAGUUCAGCAGAUUUGUAACACUACUGUGGUUAUUGAAGGUAAAUUGUCAAAUGCAGUUAUUAAAGCUGUCUGCAGCCAUCAAAAAUUCAAAGUGUACUAGAUUUUAUAUGGAAGUGUAUUCAUGUUUCUAGAACUAUAAGUAAUUUCCAUUUAAUGAGUCAGCAAGCUACAGAACUUUUUUCUUGUCACUGCAGCUGUUGAGCUUUGAAUUCAGUUAUUCCCCUCUUUAUUUUACUGUUUUAUGUUUUAGUAGCAGAAAUUUUAAAAAAUGUAUACAGUAAAAAAGACUUCUAUUGAUUGACAAAUUAAAUUCGUAAUAAAUAAAAAGCAAUAAAACAAAUUAAUAA